AUGAACUGGUUCGAUGUGGCUGAACUUAAUCCGAUGCUUAAGGUUGCCCUUGACAUUCAUCAUGAAGCAACCUGUGUCAUCUCGUCUGAAGACCAAUCAAUGGCCGACCAAUGCAUUGCUCUCUCUCUCUCUCUCUCUCUCUCUCUCUCUCCCUCUCUCAUGGCAACGAUAGAUCACCUCCUAAGUCUUUCGGAGCAGAUUUGUUAUGUCCAAUGUGGUUUUUGCACCACCGUUUUACUGGUAAGUGUUCCAUGCAGCAGUUUGUCCUCGGUGGUCACAGUAAGGUGUGGUCAUUGCACAACCCUCCUCUCUGUCAACAUGAUGAAAGCCUCCUUCGUUCCUCUCCAUCUUCUAGCUCCUCUUAGCCACGAUGGGCCAAAAGAAGAGUUUCAAGAGAUGGAAGUCCAGAAAAAUGUCGAGCUGUACAGCCCUUCUUUCGUGAAUUCUUCUGAAGUUGAAGAUGAGGAGACCAUUGCCAUAACUCGCGUUGUUAACAAACCCCCAGAGAAGAGACAAAGGACUCCAUCUGCAUAUAACCGCUUCAUUAAAGAAGAGAUCAGGAGGCUCAAGGCGCAAAAUCCAAACAUUCCUCACAAAGAAGCCUUCAGUCAAGCUGCGAAGAAUUGGGCACAAUUCCCGCAGCAUCAAUUUAAAGGAGAUAAUGGAGAGAGCUUUGUGCAGGAAGUGGAGAGGGAAAAAUCGAUCUCUGAUGAUUCAAUUGAGGUGAGCGGAGAAGGCAAUGGAUUCCGUGAAAGAAAGGUGGCCCGGCAUUUUAUAUGGGAAAAGACGCCCUUUGAUUAUUGA